ACUGGAAAGUGACCAGAUCUCACCCGCUGGUGCCAGUGCUGGGACCUUGAGAAAGACAACUUGGUCAAUUUGCAGACGUCCCAGGACCAUGACUGAGCUGUAUAGCAAAGCCGAGACGGUCCAGCUCAGGAAAAAGUAUAUCGGGCCAUCCUGUAAAGUUUUCUUCAACAAGGACCCCAUCAAGAUAGUGCGGGCCAAGGGGCAAUACAUGUUUGAUGAAAAUGGGGGACAGUACCUGGACUGCAUCAAUAAUGUUGCACAUGUGGGGCACAGUCACCCAGAAGUGAUCAAGGCUGCUGUAAAACAGAUGGAGCUGCUAAAUACAAAUUCUCGAUUCCUCCACGACAGCAUUGUGGAAUAUGCCAAGCGCCUUUCCGAAACGCUGCCAGAGAAACUCUCUGUUUGCUAUUUUGCUAAUUCUGGAUCUGAAGCUAAUGAUCUUGCCUUACGCCUGGCUCGACAGUACAGGGAUCACCAAGAUGUGAUCACACUUGACCAUGCUUACCAUGGUCAUGUUUCUUCCUUGAUUGAAAUCAGUCCAUAUAAAUUUCGAAAGGGAAAAGAUGUCAAGAAAGAAUUUGUGCAUGUAGCAGCAGCUCCAGAUACCUACCGAGGAAAAUAUAGGGAGGACCACCCAGACCCAGCUAGUGCUUACGCAGAUGAGGUGAAGAAAAUUAUCGAAGAAGCACACAAAGGUGGGAGGAAGAUUGCUGCCUUUAUUGCCGAGUCCAUGCAGAGCUGUGGAGGUCAAGUCAUUCCACCAGCAGGCUACUUCCAGAAAGUGGCAGAAUAUGUCCACAAAGCAGGGGGUGUAUUUAUAGCUGAUGAAGUUCAAGUUGGUUUUGGUCGAGUUGGGGAACAUUUUUGGAGCUUCCAAAUGUAUGGUGAAGACUUUGUGCCAGAUAUUGUCACCAUGGGGAAACCAAUGGGCAAUGGACAUCCAUUGUCUUGUGUUGUGACGACUCAAGAAAUUGCAGAAGCCUUCAGUGCUUCCGGAAUGGAAUAUUUUAACACGUAUGGAGGAAAUCCCGUGUCCUGUGCUAUUGGCUUGGCCGUCCUGGAUGUAAUUGAAAAGGAAGAUCUCCGAGGAAAUGCUACACGGGUUGGAAAUUACUUAAUCGAGUUACUGAAUAAGCAAAAAGCAAAACAUUCAUUGAUAGGCGAUAUCAGGGGUAUCGGUCUUUUUAUCGGAAUUGACUUGGUGAAGGACCACCAGAAGAGAACCCCUGCUACCGCUGAAGCACAGCACAUCAUCUAUAAGAUGAAAGAACAGAGGGUUCUUAUUAGUGCUGAUGGGCCCCACAGGAAUGUUCUCAAGUUAAAACCACCAAUGUGCUUCACAAAGGAAGAUGCUAAAUUCAUGGUGGAACAGCUAGAUAAAAUUUUAACAGUUUUAGAAGAGGCCACUGGAACCAGGACUGAAAAGCUUAACGAAGCCAGCUCAGACAGUGCCAGCGACAGCACCAGCCAAGCGGAUGAAAACGCCAGCAAAAAGAGAAACGGGCUGUAUGCAGAAAAACGAGCAGUGCCGGGGAAAAGAAUCAAGACGUGAGACUCGGGGGCAGCUGCGGACAAAUGGAACCGCCAGAUUGGAAGAGAAGGAGUGGAAGUGCCCGGAAGUUUUCUUGAUUUUCCCGGUGUUAAUAAUUGCCUGUGUACUUUCUGAUGGGUUGCAGAGAGUGAUUUUUCAUUCUGUUUGGAUUUGUAAAUAACCUAAUCAAUAAGUCAUGAACAAAAAACAAACUGCUAAUCAAAACACCUGUUCUAGGAAAUCCUUACCUGACCCUUGGGAAUCAGAGUGGUUAAUUUAUUCUACUCUAUGAGAAAUUGAGAUAUGGAAAUUAAAUAUCGAAUAAGGCC